AUGUGACUUCCGGGGCGUUUGUGACGUCGAAAGCCGGCGCCGGAAUUGUGACGCGCGGCCUCAGGGCGGCAGAUUAGCGACGCAAUGGGAGAUAAUCAGAGUCCUGCUCCCGAGAGGGAGAUGAAGAACUUCCAGUUCCGUCAGAUGAAGAAAAUCCGAAUCUUUGAGUCUCCAAAUGAAUUGCCGAAGGAUCGUGUUAAUCUCCUGGCCUUGUCCAAUAUUUAUGGGCUGGUCUUUAUGGGAUGGAAAAGUGGCCUGAAGAUUAUCAACAGUCAGUAUGUUGCCCUGGCUGACAAGAACGAGGGGAACAUUAAUGCAAUAAUCGAAGAUGCCCCUCUCAUGUCAGUUUCUAUGAAGCUCCCAGUACACCACAUUGCCCUGAGCUGUGAUGAUUUCACCCUGUCUGUUGCCAUGACAUCAGAGGAAUAUGGGCUGGUCAUUGCCUUCUUUGAUGUGCGGACGUUUUUGAACAAGGAGAAACAGCAGAAGCGACCGUUUGUGUACUAUAAACCGGAAACCAAGUGCACGGUGAUGGAUUUAAAAUGGAAUCCCGCAGUGAACAGUAUCCUGGCUGUCUGCCAGUCUGAUGGCAGCUUGACCAUAUUGGAAGUUACUGACAUCAUUAAGCAGCAUGCCUCCCUUCCACCCACAGCUGGUAUUACCUCAUUGUGCUGGAGUCCAAAAGGGAAGCAGCUGGCUGCUGGUCGACAGAAUGGGACGGUGGUUCAGUACUCACCGGUGCUACAAGAAAAGAAGGUCAUCCCGUGUCCCCCUAUGUACACCUCAGAUAAUCCAGUCAAAGUGUUGGAUAUCUGCUGGAUCAGCACGUACGUUUUUGCUGUGACGUACAUGGCAGCUGAUGGAUCGCUGGAGAGUCCGCCCGAGCUCCUGAUCAUUUCCCUGGCGAAAAAGGAUGAGAAACGAGAGGACCAGUUCUUGAAUUUUAAUGACUUGUGUUUUGGAGUGUCUACGGAGAGGCAGCACCAUUACUACCUGCAAUACCUUGAGAACUGGGAUCUCAUCCUGGCCUCAUCAGCAGCAUCCAUUGAAGUCAGCAUUGUUGCUCGACAACCAGACAAGGCCAGCUGGGAGCUUUGGGUCCUGGAGGAUGCAGCUCGAGCAGAAUUUCCUGUGACUGAGAACAGUGAUGACACCAUGCCAGUUGGUGUUGGAGUCGAUCUCACCAAUCAGCAAUCAGUCACCAUAGGCAGUGAGAAGGUUUUCCCUCCUUGUCCUAUCUUAAUGUUGCUCUCAACCGAUGGAGUUCUUUGUCCAUUCUACAUGCUCAACUCGAUACCUGGAGUGAAGACAGGGAUGAAACCCCCACGAUGCCCAAGGCUUGAAGGGGAGAGAGAACCUAAACCGGCUCAGACAUCGAUACCUGCUUCCUCGCUGUUGGUGCCAUCUCGUGCUGCAACAGUGUCGCCACAGGACUCUGCGGUGGCCAUACAUCCUCCUCCUUCAUUUCGCCCCACUGUUUUACCAGUGAUCCUGCCUGCUUUACCCCCCUUUCAAAGGGGACCAGUCCAGAGUCCACCUCUAAAAAGUCCUGCAAGUUCCGAAGGUAGAAUUGAGUCUGGUUCUUCAACUGACAGCCAACUAGUCGGCGCCCCAAUGGGAUCGAGGCUCAGUCCAGCAACAUCUGCCAAAUUUGUUAGGUUCUUGGAAGCAGGAACAACAUCAGCCAGUGAGACCGAAUCAGCUGUUGAAGCAGAGCAGCAAGCACACCCUGGAGAAGUACGCAGCUCACACCCAGUCGAUGCUCGAAGUUUAUUGGGCUCCACUGCAGCCUUUCCUGUUCCCAAGACUUGCCCUACCCAGACCUCCGCCUCCUUGGAACUGUCCGUAUCUGAUUUGGAGAAACAACUGCAACAGUAUCCAACCUUAGACCCCGUCAUGGUGGGAAUCAUGGAGGAGAUUGCUCUCUUUCAGAAGGAACUUGACGAUUUGAAGGCUCGCACGGCACGUUCCAACUUUGAGGUUGGCAGCGCCAAGGAGAUGUCCCACCUGCGGUAUGACGCGCAGUCACUGCAGACCUUUCUGUUCGAAAUCAAGGAGAUAACUGAGACUCUGCAUGAAGAAAUCGGCAUUCUGAAGACUGUGAUGUUGGAAGGAUUUGCUGCUGUAGAAGAUGCAACUACACAUAAUGAACGAAGCAUUGACAAGAAUUACCUUCAGCUACUUCGUAGAAAACCCCUUGACCCAAAGAGCGAAGCACAACUUAAGGAAAUUCGCCAUCUGCAUCAGUAUGUGAAGUUUGCAGUGCAGGAUGUGAAUGAUGUGCUGGAUAUGGAAUGGGAGCAACACCAGGAAAAAAACAAGAAACACAAGCACUUACUUCUGCCAGAGAGGGAAGUGUUGUUUAACGCUUUGUCAAGUCAUCAUGAGAUCAUUACCCAGCAGGAUAAGAAGAUUGAUGAACUGAUAAACAGCCUGCAGAAUCUCCGCAUUUAUAAUCAGACCUCCAAGUGGUGCGUGCCCAAUGACAAAUGCCUGCAGAAUGAUCAGUGCUGGGAUACUGAGCUAGAGAUGCUUCGCAAUGUUCUGGUGAAAACUACCCUGGAUGGAGCUCCGAAGGUGACUUCACCCACCCCAGGUAAACUAUCUCCAGUGAAACAAUCCCAGCUACGGAACUUCCUUUCAAAAAGACAGACUCCGCCUGUGAGAUCCACUGCACCAGCUAAUCUGUCCAGGUCAGCAUUUAUAUCACCUAAAUGUUUCGGAGAGUUGGAAGACAUGAGCCAUAUCUCUGCUUCACUGCGUCUGGAUCAUGAAGGUCUUCAGGCUGAGGAGCAGGAGACGGCGCCUUCGUUCAAACAUGCUCCCAUCACGAGGCUACCCUCGUUUCCACCAGCGCUGAUCACCGCGCAUUCAACACCUUAUGGCAAACCUCAGCCUGCCGGAGCUCCCAUUCCCAGCACAGUUCCAAAAUCAACGGGUAAGAUGGUGAAACAUGGAGUACCAGCUGCCGAGAAGCCAGCCACCAGCCUUCCAGCUGCCCAAGCCGCUGCUCAAGCAGCUUUCCGGAGACAGAUGACCAGUCAGACAGCAGUUCCAAGUGCUGCCCUCACAGAACCAGAACAAAAGGAAGCUGCCCCACCCAUUGGUGCUCAAUUCCUGAAAGAUACAGGCUCGUCUCAGAAUCUACUGACUGUCUGCCCUUCUGUGUCAACAUCUGAUGCAGAGAUUGGGAGUCAGAUCAAGCCGGGACCUCUGAAAGGACUGCCCACGUUGGGACUGACUGCAACCGGAUCAACUCUGUCAGAAUCCUCCUCUUCAUCUGUAUCAAGUUUUGCCUUCCCUCCCCCAACAGGGAGUGUGCUGAAAUCUGAUCUUCCCGCUGCAGGUGCCCUUGGCGAGCAGCUCCACAAAAUCUCCUCAUACCCAGGAGCCUCUACUGGGUUCCGUUUUACACCUCCUAGCACUUCUUCAUUGAGUGCACUGAGCACCAAGGCACAAGGAUUUCCUGGAAGUGCAAAAGACGCCACUCGCACCAGCUUUGGAUUAUCCAAUAAAGCAUCCUUUGGACUGGGAGCUGAUGCCUCCUUUUCGUACAAGGGCCCGAGGUCCAGUUCUAGCUCUGCUUUUGCAUCUGAGUCUGUGACUACAGCAGGCAGCGUCUGCCCUUCUAACACUUCAUGUACAGAACUGCAGCCACCUGGCAAGCCAAGUGCAACUGGGGCACCUCCUGAACCUGCUAUCCCUGCAGCAGCUAGCAAAACCGAAGACCAACAGCCCAGAUCUGAACACCAGCCAGCCAAACCAGAGACUCGCACUUCCACAGCUGAGAUUUACCCGUCUAAAGCCGAGAUCCCGCCGCAGCCCAAGGCCGAGAUCCCGCCGCAGCCCAAGGCCGAGGCCCCGCCGCAGCCCAAGGCCGAGGCCCCGCCGCAGCCCAAGGCCGAGGCCCCGCCGCAGCCCAAGGCCGAGGCCCCGCCGCAGCCCAAGGCCGAGGCCCCGCCGCAGCCCAAGGCCGAGGCCCCGCCGCAGCCCAAGGCCGAGGCCCCGCCGCAGCCCAAGGCCGAGGCCCCGCCGCAGCCCAAGGCCGAGGCCCCGCCGCAGCCCAAGGCCGAGGCCCCGCCGCAGCCCAAGGCCGAGGCCCCGCCGCAGCCCAAGGCCGAGGCCCCGCCGCAGCCCAAGGCCGAGGCCCCGCCGCAGCCCAAGGCCGAGGCCCCGCCGCAGCCCAAGGCCGAGGCCCCGCCGCAGCCCAAGGCCGAGGCCCCGCCGCAGCCCAAGGCCGAAGCCCCGCCGCAGCCCAAGGCCGAGGCCCCGCCGCAGCCCAAGGCCGAGGCCCCGCCGCAGCCCAAGGCCGAGGCCCCGCCGCAGCCCAAGGCCGAGGCCCCGCCGCAGCCCAAGGCCGAGGCCCCGCCGCAGCCCAAGGCCGAGGCCCCGCCGCAGGACGAAACAGGAGUCUUUGAGAGUAGUGCCAGAGGUGUCACAAUUGGCAGUUUCUCUGGACUUGUUGUCAGUCAGACUGAUGAUGCCACCAAGUUGGACAGAUCUUCACAGGAUAGUUUCACCUUUGCACAAACAGCCAAAACGUCAACAGCACCUCCUACAAGCUUGGCCUUUGGGAGUGCUUUUCCAUUGGGAAAGUCAGGUUCCACAGGGAUAACAUCAGCUUCAAUUGACACAGGUGCACCCAAACCAACUGGAGUACCAUUUCCCAUUAUUUCCAGAGCCAGCACAGAAACCUCCAUUUCAAGUAGCAGUUUACAAUCAAGAGCUAGCAAACUUGAUUUUGUUUCGAAGCAAGAGCAGACUGCCAAUGCCGAACAGAUUGCUGCAGCUAUCGCUGCCGUAAGCGCUUUGCAAGAUUCAUCCCUUGCUGGAUCGUUGACCUCCAUCACUUCCUCAAUCGCUGAUGCCGUAAAGCCAUCCACUGCUGAAGAGAAGAAGGCAGUUGUAAGUAGCAGCUCGUCUGCCUCCAGUGUAACUGAGGAACAGGCUGCGGCGCAGGGGUCAAAAGUAUUGGUAUCAAGAUCCUCAGAAGGUAGUGCAGGAAUCAGUUCUGCAACACCUACCUCCCCUGGCACUCCAGUUAUACCAAGAGUGAUAAUUAAUUCACCAGUACCUUCAAUUACAGGGUCAUCUGUUGCAACUGAGAUCCCCUUUCCUUAUUCUGUGUCAUUGAGCAAUAUUAUGCCCUCAGGCAGCAGCAUAAUUUCCUCUGUUUCGCCGUUUGGAGCUAGUCAAACACAUGUGCAGUCAUCUCCAUCCCAAUCUGAGUCCACCACGUCCUUGUUUAGUCAUGCUGUGGUCACGAGUGCGCCACCAGCGUUUGGGCAGCCUGCGACAACAACCUCACCAUCCACCCUUGGGCGAGGCACAAACGGCAUCACCUCCCCUCCUGUCGUCGACAUCCCCAGCUCCGCAGGUAGUCUUGCGAAGCCCACCUUUGGUCAGACGGUUGACACAGGCUUUGGGCAGCAGUCCUCCAGCAACGGGUUCAGCUUCAGGCAGCCCGUAUUUGGAUCCACUUCAUCCUUUGCUCAGCCCACUUCUGCCGCUGCACCAAUGCCAAGUGGCAGCCCCUUCAGUGGACCCACCAUUACUGUCAAUGCCAAUGCAUUCCCAUUUGGACAGUCGCCUGCCAGCAACGCGUCCAUGUUUGGACAACCUACCACACCAGCAUUUGGACAGAGCACUGGUUUCGGGCAUGGCCCGGCCUUUGGAUCCAACAUAACGACAUCGUCUGGAUUCAACUUUGCGCAACCUUCAACAGGUUUUAGUGGCUCUUCAGCAAGUUCUGUGUUUGGUCAGUCUACGAAUGUCAGCAGCAUGUUUGGUCAGCCUGGUAGUACGGCAUCAAUUUUUGGUUCUCCGGCCACUACAGGUGGAUUCUUUAGCGGACUGGGAAGAAAGCCAAGCUUGGAUGCAGGUGCUCGGAAUCCGUUUGGACAGAUGAGCUUUGGAUCAACUGAGGCUGCUAAUGCGCAAAACUUGUUUGGGAACAGCGGCGCCAAGACGUUUGGGUAUGGCAAUGCCAGUUUUGGAUCAGAUCAGAAAUCAACAGGCUCGUUCAGCGCUGGCUCUAGUGUCGCUGCCCAGGGAUUCGGCAGCUUUUCCACUCCCACAAAACCCCCAGGUGGUUUUGGUGCUGCUCCUGUGUUUGGCAGUCCUCCAGGCUUUGGUAGCACCCCAACUUUUGGAGGGUCGCCAGCGUUUGGUGGGCCACCAGCUUUUAGUGGAUCCAUGAGCCCUUCAGGAGGCAAGGUGUUCGGUGAAGGAACGGCAGCUGCCAGUGCUGGAGGGUUUGGCUUUGGAAACACUGCUAAUGCCCAAACAUUUGCAAGUGUAGCAAAUCAGCACAGCACUGGUGCUUUUGGAUCAGCAACCCAGCAGACACCUGGUUUUGGAGGACAAGGGACCAAUUUUUCAACCUUUGGGGCCAGCGGAGGAGGGUUUGGAAGUGGUUUUGGAUCCACACAUCAGUAAGUAAUGAGGCUGAAAGUUCAUUUCUAACUGAUACCAGAACCUGGAAUCCUAUUAACCCUUGCCUGCUGAUCACGCUGGAUCUACAAAAAAAAAGUGGCAAGCCCUUCCAUGGGUUAAAAGACAAUUUUCCGAGUUUUGCAUUCUAGAUGAUGCUUUGAAUUUGCUUUUGUUGUGUUGUGCUGUGUAUCUGUUGUCUUCUGUAUUUCUACUGUAAGAGGAUUGUUGUGUUUUGUUUUGCUACUAAGUUCAAUAAAGGAUUAAUCAGU